UUUUGUCAUUAUAUUUUCUACUACCGAUUUUUCUCAGGUUCCCAUUAUUUACAAAAAUGCCAUCCUAUUUGCAAGUGAAAUAUAUAGGACCUAUGCGCCAAUACUUAUUCUAAAUUUUCCACUUGCUUUGUACCUUUUUCCACCUUCUCUCUCUAACUUUUGUCCAUAAUUGUACUUUUCACCUUUUUUUUUAAUGUAUUUCAUUCACUUUCCCCUCUCUAACUUUUAUUUAUAAUUAUACUUUGCACCUUUUUUUAUGUAUUUCAUCCAUUUUCUCCUUCAAUUUAAAUACUGUAAAAAACACAAACAAAAACUAUAUAUUGAAACGGAGGGAGUACCUAGUAAGUAGCACAUUCAUGUGACAGCGCCUAACAUAAAAAAGUAAAACGGGAUCUAAAAACGCGAAAAGUAAACAAGAGCGCCAACCUGGUGGUUAUAACGGCUACUUCCACAAACCCAUGAACCAACUCUUAACCGACCACCACACCUUUUCCAGCUUACCUUACUUUUCAGAUUCAGUCUUUUUCCUAUAUUUAUACCUUCAAGUCAAUUUCAUCAAUUUAUAAUCUGACUCUACUACUUUCCUCUAAUUAAAAGUCUCAUAACCCCCAAAAAUCAGAACAAAAAAUGCCUAAAAAAACAUCCUCUGUUCUUCAGAAAGUCUCAAGCUUUGUGAAAUUAGCAAAAUUGAGAAAUCCCAUUUCUUUUGAUGAAAUUUUCUUCAAGAAAAAAUCUGGGAAAUUCAAGUUUUAUAGGCAUUAUAAUUAUAGGUUUAUACAAGAAUAUCAAUUUUCUCCUUCAAAUGAUACUCCUCUGAUUUUUACCAAUAAAAAGGAGUAUUUUAGCAAUGUAAGGAGAAACAAGAAUGGUUUGCAGUCAAUGUUGUUUAUGUGUUUGUGUUUAGGAAAAUUUGGUGUUGAAGAAAGAGAUGAGGUUUACUCAUCAAUGGAGUUUCUUCCUCCUAUUGAAUAUGGAGUUACAAGUAGCCGCAGCGGCGAGGAGGAAGAGGAGGAGAUGCUGGAGAUCGGUGAUGGUGAAUAUGGUUUAUUGUCAUCAGUUGAUGAAAGAGCUGAGAAAUUUAUUGAGAAAUUUUAUGCACAAAUGAAAAUGCAAGGUCAAGAAUCUAGUAAUACUGUUAGUUUGUUGCUUCAGUGAUUAGAGGACUAGUUAUUGGGGGAGGGGAAUUAUAUUUUAUUGUAUUGUUUUAUGAUUUGUAUAACUUUUGAAGUGUGGGUUUUGAGGUCUUGGUAAAUUAAUUUAUUUUAUUCAUUAUUUUGGCAA